ACAGUUACCUUCAACACGGCAAUUGUUUGCUCCCACCCUUCACCCUCCCACCGAGUUCUUCCACUGAGCAUCCAUCCUCUUUGGUCCGAGGUUAUUUUGUCGAGAGGUUCGUGUAAUCUUCUCACUGUCCCACUUUGAACGCAGACGACAUUCGUCAGCUCAACGGCGCAUGCGCCAACGACUGACGGCAAGUCAGGGGCUGGAGGUCUCCCACCCUUACCUCCCAACUCUCCUGCCCGGUAUUUCCCUCGUCAACCACUCUCGUUCGCUCGGUGUUUAUUAUCCCUGUCGCGGCAGACGAAUUGUGGGGGUGAGGGAGGGCUACAGGUAGAGUAGUGUGUCGUCUGGGGCGUCGGCCUUUCGUCGAACAUGCCCUGUGUAGCGUGUCUUUGCCACCGCAAGAGGAAGGACUGUACACCUGUGAUCAGGUAGCCACCGCUGCUGACGAGUGGUGCUCGAUAGAGUUCUGUUACUGAAGAUUACGUGAUUCCAAGGUGUUUAAACUUCUCGUACUGGAUACUUUGACCAGGCCUUGUUACCUGGCGAAGUUCGCUUACCUGGCCUGUGUUUUUCUUGUACCCAGCAAGGCUAAAUAUCCUGAUCCAAACACCAGUGCAGGAACACCUGUUGUGUGGUGUGCGUUCAGAAGGACAACAAACCAAACGUGUUCCGGGUAUCUAUUACAAUGGAGUUGCUGUGAAUCAACUUCUUUUUUCAAUGAGUGAUGGGGGGAUGAUGCAUGGCGAUGUCCGUAAGCAGCAGCCGGCCGGAGACGGCAAGCCUUGGUCCCGACAGUCAACAGUUGGCUCCCCAUGGGUCUCUCGUCGGAUCAACCCGCUCCUACUUCAGGGAAUCAGGGCAGCAGGCGAGCACCACCUUCAGCAGGAGUUACCGCAGUAGCAACGCGUGGUGGAGCGUCGGGGAGUACAUGAACCCUGGUCUGACCCUGACUCACCAGAGCGUGGGGCUGACCCUGACGCAAGACAACGACGACAUCUGGGACCUCUCGGACUCCCUGGCUGACCUGUACAAGGAAGUCAACCGCCGGGACAAGAGCGCCCCCUUGCGGCAGAAUUCGUCCGAUUCACGUCAACAGGAGAACGGCGGCGGUGGGAAGGCAACGGUGGACGUGGCCCGAUGGAUCAUGGAAGACACAAGCCACGGGAUUAUACGGGUGUUCAUGUCGGAUUCGGAUGUCAACAGAGUUGUUCCCUGCACACUGUCCACACCGGCCCAGAAGAUCUGCGCACAGAUGGGGAUCCCCAACAACUCCCUGCAUGUGCAGUUCAACGGGGACAUCAUUCGACGUAUGGAGGCCUUCGACUGCCCCUUGGCUGUGCAGAACGAGUACCUGGCUAGCAUCGGGUACUCCGACUUGCGGCGGGUGCAGGAGGAAGGGUCCAAAGAAGACCUGCAGUACCUGGUCAAGUUUUAUGCUGGCAAACCUGUCUCCGACAGUACUUAUUCUCGCAAUCAGCUGACAAGUUAUGUGUACAUCCGCAAGGGGAAACUGCUCCACCAGUGGGUCCGGCGUCUCUGUGUCAUCUCAGGAACCCGGCUGCUUAUUUACAGAGGUAACAAGAAGGGAGCCAAGCCCACCGUGGUGCAGCUAGCCAAAGGGUCCGUGGAGGAGGUGCAGAUCAAAGGUCAAGUGAAUGUCCUGAAGUUGACAUCAACUCUUCAAGAGAGGUCAUUGUACAUGUCCUUCGCUACACAAUCCGACUACAGCAAAUGGCUGAAAAAGGCCCGAAAAGCGACAUCUAAGCUUCCAACCAAAGCCGACCUGUCCGGCUGCCACCUGGAGUUCCUUCCAGAGACGGUCUUCAUCAACGAGGAUCUCGAGGUGCUUGUCUUACGACACAACGUCCUGCGCGAAAGACCCAUUGAGGAGGACAUCUACACCAUCGGCUGGCUCGACGACCUUCCCCGCUUCGGGACUCUGCGCAGCCUCAACCUCGCUGACAACGACCUGCGAGUGUUCCCUCUGGCUCUGUGUCUCAUCAAAACACUGACAGAGCUAAACCUGGCCACCAACAAGCUUGAGGACGUCCCUCCACAGAUUGCGGAGCUUACAAAUCUUCAGAUACUUCACAUUCAUAACAACAAGUUGUCCUCAUUGCCGGAGGAACUUUCGACCUUAAAGAAUCUUGCCGUCAUAGUUCUCGCAUUUAACCACUUCAGUGCCAUCCCUAGUGUUCUCCUGCAGUCGCAGCAUGCCAGCUACCAGAUCGAUAGCAUCAUCAUGGCCGGGAACCAAGUGUCUCGCCUCCCAACUGAACUCCUCCUGUUCAUGAACCACAUCAAGAAGAUCGACCUUCGAAUGAACAAACUUCAGCUUCUGCCCACAGAAACCGCCAAGUUCCACUCCCUGGAGCACGUGACACAUUUAGACAUCCGCGACAACGGGGUGGUCGAUCUUGACAUCAGAGCAAUUCGCUGUAUAGAAUACCUCAACUGUGACCGCAAUGGCAUGAAGAGUCUGCAGGUGAACGGCACUUCCUUGAAAAAUCUCUUUGCUUCUCACAACAAUCUGGAAACAUUGUUCAUCAACCCCAAACCUGAAUGGCUUGACAACAACAAGCUGUCUGCUCUCCCUUCGUGGGUUGGGGACUGCUUCUUUUUGGUCAAACUGGAUGUCAGUCACAACUGCUUGACGUCACUUCCGGACAAGUUGUUUACUGAUGCCCGAAAGCUGAAGGUGCUGAAGGCGAACCACAACCAGUUGUCGUCGCUACCAGAGUCUGUGCAGAACUGUAUCAUCGAGGAAAUGCAUCUGGAGCAUAACGACAUACGGGUCCUGUCUCCUGAAUUCUUCCUUCAGACCAGCAAGCUUCGCUAUCUGAACAUGACUCGCAACCGGCUGUGUGACAUUCCUGUCCCCAACUUGAACGACUCUUUCAACAAGCUGCAGGAGCUGUACCUGUCUUUUAACAACCUCGGCAACUCGGCUGUCACCAAGGUGUGCUGCUUUCCUCGACUGCGGGUGCUGCACCUGGCCGGCAACAAAAUUUCCGUCAUUGAGGAGAGGGAUCUGGAAAAAUUGACGCAACUGCUGGAGCUGAAUGUGUCCAGUAACAUGUUGACAUAUCUCCCCUCUUGUCUCGGCCGUCACCCCCAUCUGCAGGUUCUCCGUGCCAGCUGCAACUUGUUACAGGAGUUGCCUUCUUUCAAGAAUUCUUCAGCUUUAAAGGUCUUGGAGGUGAGCUCCAAUCACCUGCAAAACCUAAGUAUGAGCAACCUGGUGGCAUCGCAAGUGAACCUGCUAGAUAUUUCCGGUAACCCUAACCUCCUGGUGUCGUCCCAUGACCUCGACGGCGUGAAGAAAUCAAAGCGGCUUUGUAUGAUGGACAUGCGCGGUCAGAACUGGUCACUUCAGGACCUGAGGACAAUUGACGAACCUAUCAACACACAUCCCUGGAUGAGCGGCGUGUCUCAGACCUCCGGCAUAAGGAAUAAGCUGUCGGUGGCCAUCUUGAACAAACCGACUUUGAAGGAGGAUGGCCAAGCUUUCUUCGCUGUUGUCGAUGGUGGUCGGAACGACGAGGUCGCUAAGGUGCUGGCCGACUCGCUGGUGUCGACGUUGCAGUCUGAGCAGUCUCAUCCUCACACGCACAGCGAGUACAUGAAGUACACCUUGCUGGCAGCCCACAAAAUUCACUGCAAGCUGAAGGACCUGGGUCAGAAGAUCGGUGCAGCGGCCGCCCUCGUGCACAUCAGACGUCGGGACAAGCACACCGCCAGCGGUCAGCCCGGCAAAGGAAAGCGCGACUCGCUAGGGCGGGGGGAGUGGGUGGUGCGCGUGGCCAACGUGGGUGACACGGAGGUGGUGCUGUGUCGUCAUGGUCGUGCGCUGGCCCUCACGCGCCGCUUUGAUGUCGGCGCCGACGCUGAGGAGUGUCAGCGCGUGGUGACGUCAGGUGGAAUCGUCACGGAGGACGGGCGUGUCAACGGCGUGACGUUCAACUCAAGGCUACUGGGCAGCAGCUAUCUCUUUCCACACGUGAUUCCUGAUCCACACACGGCGGAGCGCACUCUGGGCCCCUCAGAUCGCUUCCUCAUCCUGGCCAACCAGGGGCUGUGGAAGGCGGUGUCGCACGAGGAGGCCGUGCGUGAGGUUAAGGACAUCUCCGACCCCGUGGUAGCAGCCAAGCGCCUGCAGGACCUGGCACAGGGCUACGGCUCGCGGGAGAACGUUGCUGUGGUCGUCGUGCGACUGAUGCUGUCCGAGGCGGAGUGGCUGCGCGUGCGGGAGUCCCUGGUGGCACAGCGGGAAGCCAGAAUGAGCUCUUGCGCGUGCGGAGGUAGGUCAUCAGAGCAGCCACAGCCACAGGCUCAACGCCCUGUGGACCACUUAGAUCCGCAGCGGGAGGAACAGGGUGCAAUGCUUCAGGGCAAAGCCAAAAGCGUGCCGGGUACGUCCAAACGCUACCGUAAGAAGGACGACCCGGGCAACUUGGAGUCGCUUCUCAGCAAGCGCCUGGCGGACGAGGUAAAGAGCAAGGAAUUAAAGCACGCUUUCCUUGCUCAAGAUGACGAUGACCAGAACGCCGAUGACAACGUCAUCGACUUUAGCCAGCACGGCGUGCCCAGCCGAUCGGUGGAGGCGAAGCACAGAAAGGAGCUACACGAAGGAGUGGAUGGGUGGGCCAGAACCAUGCAGGAGCGGCUGGCGCAGGAAGUGAAGCAACGAGAAAUCCAUCGCGGAGACGGGGUGACCAUCUCGGGUGGUGGUGGUGGCGGUGGCAGCGGCGGCGACAAGAGGCACGGCCUGCUGAAAAGCGACUCACCAGACGUCGUGCUGGCUCACAAACUCCCGGCAGCGGCAGCGGCGGCGUCGGCACCAAAACUUUCAAAAGCCACCUCCAGUGUUCAACGCACCAUCGACCGUGACGCCAUUUUCUUUCAUCACAUGCAGAUGGCACGUGCGCAGAGUGGCAGCAACGCCAGUCUGACGUCGAUUCAAUCCGACCCCAUGUACGCCUCUGUGCGGGAGGUGUUCCACCCAGCCCCCCAGACCUCCUCCCGCAGCAUCGAGGUGUUGGUGAACACCCUUCGCUUCACCGCCGGACCCUCGGGUCCGACGAUGGGGAAGACGUCGAUUCCCGCCAUUUGGAUUUCGAGGAUGAAGACUACAGCGAAGGCGAUUUGACUGACAGCACGUGCACGCUAGUAAACGAGGAGGCGGCGGAGAGCUUUGACGUCACCAUCGAGGCGCUGCACGUCGACAAUGCUGGAGAAGGGCGACGCUGGCGCAGCGGAUAUGAUGUCACGGAUGCCAGCCAAGUCGAGGCGACUGUGACGAAGCUCCCCAGACAUGCGCACUUGGCUUCUAUGCGCAGCGGGGACAUACAGGAACUGACUCCCACAGGCGACACGUGCAAUAACGAUUUUCCGCCGGGUUACCCCCUGUCGGGUGGCUGUCAACGUCAAACUCCUCCAUACGACCCACCACCCCACAACCGUUUGCACUUCCUCCUCCUCCACCACCACUACCGCCACCACCACAAUUUGUAGAUCCUGAUCAAGCGCCGCUGUCGUCAAGUCACAGGAGCAUUAUAAUUACUUAUCUGUAAGUGGCCACGACAUCACAGAGAAAAAAAUAAAACCGUUGAAAGACAGUAAAGCACUUUGAACACCGAUCUCUUUUUUUCAUAGCACCGUUCUCUGUUCCAGUCUAUCCCCACUCCUGCUCUUUUUCCUUCCUGCCUUCGUUUUGUCACAAUUCAUCUCCACCUCCUCUUUCCUUCCAGCACCUAUCUGAAGACACAAAAUUGUAUGAAAUGUGCGUUUCAGUUAACGAACGGUGCUAGUGAUCUUUAGUCUUGAUGAUCUUGCUUUUACCAGAGUAACCCAUCGAACAAAUUUUACAUUGUUCAAAAUAAAAAUUCUUUUGUUUGUUGAAAUACUUAUCUUUUGAAUCUGCUUUGAUAAAUAUUUUUCCAUAGUUACCUUGAAACAAAGCACUCAAGACUUUGAACAGAGUUGAAUGCAACCCGUGAUAAUGUUAUGUGUGUAAUUGUAAAUAUUCUUUGGUGUGUACUCGCCUGCUUAUCAAAGCAGCUUCCCAAGCUGCAAAAAAGUCUUAGUUAUCUGUGCAAUCCUGUUUCUGGGAAAUAAAGAGAAAACGAAUAGA